AUGAAGUUCAGUUCCACCAUCGCUCUUGCGGCCCUCACGCUGCUCAACACCGUUCGCAGUGAUGCUGUACCAUGGGAGCGCAUCGACAAGGACAAGGCGCUCCUCCUCAUCCUUGACUUACAAGUCGGCCUCUUCCAGCUAGCCAGAGACUGGGACCCAACCCUCUACAAGCAAAACAUCCUGGCGCACGCCGAACUUGGGAAAGUCUUUGAUAUACCUGUCAUUUUGAGCACGUCUGCGGACCAAGGUCCCAAUGGACCGUUGCCGAAGGAGAUGCUGGAGAUGUAUCCUGAUGCGCCGCUUAUCCGGCGUCAGGGCGAGGUCAGCGCCUGGGACAACGAAGCCUUCCGCGCCGCUAUCCGCGCCACAAACCGCACGCAAAUCAUCGUCGGCGGCAUCACAACCGACGUCUGCACCACCUUCCUCGCCCUCGCCCUGCGCUCAGAAGGCUACUCCGUCUUCGCCAACGUCGAAGCCAGCGGCACCUACACGCAGCUCGUGCGCGACACGGCAAACGCGCGCAUGCAGGCCGCGGGCGUGCAGCUCGUUUCUCUCUUCUCCAUUGUAUGCGACCUCAUGCGGGAUUGGCGCAAUACGCCCGGUGCGAAAGAGCUGCUGCCGUACUUGGACAAGUAUUUGCCGGUUUAUGGGGCGGUGGCGAGGGGACAUGCAGCGGCCGUGGAGAAUGGGACGGUUAUUCCGGGGGAGAUCGAGCUUAUUACGGGGGAGAAUGGGACGGUUCUGUUGUAG